AGUCAACUAAUAGCUGACGGUUCACGGGGUGAAUUAUAAUUGACAUUCAACUAAAGGACAACAAUAGUGUGGAUAUUCAUCUCUAAUCGACGCUUGUAUUGACAUAUCAAUAGAGAACGUGUACUUACAUAUGGAUAUAAUCUGAGAACGCAUAUUUAACGUUUUAGGAGGAAGUUAAACGGCUGUUGUUGUUUUCUGUCUGUCUUCGCGAGUCCAUGUUGACGCUCGCGUGCUUUCUUUGUUGAGGUUUUCCUGUGCGUGUUUUUGUUUGAAAUAUCAAUCCGUCAGGUCAGUGGCGAGUGUUUUGUCUAGGCGUACAGUCUAAACACACUGAAUUCGCUGAUGCACGCGCAUCGUGUCAGUCACAGGGUGUGUAAAGCAACUAUAUGAAUUUUCGCUGUGUAAUUCAGCCGACACGAGCGCAGAGAUCUAGCUUCAACAUGGGAAAAGUUUUUCUUGAGCAAGGCUGAAAAAGACGUAAUCAGACCAGACUUUAUACCAGAAUUGAGAAGCCAAGUAUGGGCGUUGCUGGAGCAUUCGUGAUUUCAGAAGGGGCUGCGGUACAUAAGGAGUGAUGGUGGUCAACACGAUCCACUGGUUCAGGAAGGGCUUGAGGCUCCAUGAUAACCCAUCUCUGCGGGACUCUAUAAUAAGAGCAGAUACUCUGAGAUGCGUUUACAUACUGGACCCCUGGUUUGCAGGAUCGUCCAACGUGGGAAUCAACAGAUGGAGGUUUUUGCUGCAAUGUCUUGAGGACUUAGACGCCAGCCUUCGCAAGCUUAACUCUCGCCUCUUUGUCAUCAGGGGACAACCCACGGAUGUCUUUCCAAGACUUUUCAAGGAGUGGAAAAUCACCCGGCUGUCAUAUGAAUAUGACUCCGAGCCCUUCGGGAAGGAUCGUGAUGCAGCCAUUAAGAAGCUGGCCACUGAGGCAGGGGUGGAAGUCUUCGUCAGGAUCUCCCAUACACUCUAUGACCUGGACAAGAUCAUAGAGUUAAAUGGAGGACAGUCUCCUCUCACCUAUAAACGAUUUCAGAUGCUCAUCAGCAGAAUGGAUCUUGUGGAAAUACCAGCAGAGACUAUCACGGCUGUAGUCAUGGGCAAAUGCGCCACACCAGUCAGCGAUGACCACGACGACAAGUUUGGCGUUCCCUCGCUGGAGGAGCUCGGUUUUGAAACGGAUGGACUGUCCUCAGCUGUGUGGCCUGGUGGAGAGACAGAAGCUCUGACUCGACUAGAGAGACACCUGGAGAGGAAGGCUUGGGUGGCUAAUUUUGAGCGUCCCAGAAUGAAUGCUAAUUCCUUGCUGGCCAGCCCCACAGGCCUGAGCCCUUACCUCCGGUUUGGCUGCCUCUCCUGCAGACUUUUCCAUUUCAAGCUCACAGACCUCUACAGAAAGGUCAAGAAAAAUUGUGUUCCACCACUGUCCCUUUACGGCCAGCUGCUCUGGCGUGAGUUCUUCUACAUGACUGCCACUAACAACCCACACUUUGACAAAAUGGAGUUCAAUCCCAUCUGCGUGCAGAUCCCGUGGGACAGGAACCCCGAAGCUCUGGCGAAGUGGUCAGAGGGCCGGACUGGUUUCCCGUGGAUUGAUGCCAUAAUGACCCAGUUGAGGCAGGAGGGCUGGAUCCACCAUCUGGCCAGGCACGCUGUUGCUUGCUUCCUCACACGUGGAGACCUGUGGAUCAGCUGGGAAGAGGGCAUGAAGGUGUUUGAGGAGUUGUUGCUGGAUGCAGACUGGAGCGUCAACGCUGGAAGCUGGAUGUGGCUUUCGUGCAGCUCAUUCUUCCAGCAGUUUUUUCACUGUUACUGUCCGGUGGGCUUUGGUCGACGUACCGACCCAAAUGGAGACUAUAUAAGACACUAUUUGCCCAUAUUGAGGGGCUUCCCUGCCAAAUUCAUCUAUGACCCUUGGAAUGCCCCAGAAAGUGUUCAGAAGAUCGCUAAAUGCAUAAUUGGAGUGCACUACCCUAAACCCAUGGUUAAUCACGCUGAGGCCAGCAGGAUAAACAUCGAGCGAAUGAAGCAGAUUUACCAGCAGCUGUCCUGCUACCGGGGCCUCGGGCUCCUUGCAACUGUUCCAUCCAACGCAACCAACAAUGGAGAUGGUAAUGGAGCAGGUCCUUCCUCAGGAGACAACACACAGGAGAGCACUCACAUUACAGCAGUGCACCCAUCACCAGCAAGUUCUCAACCAAAAUUCUCACCAUUUACAGUGUCAUGUGAUCAACUGUCUGUCAACAGUGUACAGCCACAACCAGGUUACUCAGGUGUUGGUAUUGUUGGACAAGCUCACAAACAGUCACAGAGGGGUGAGGGACAUGUAUUUUGAAGCUCUGAGAAGCUUGUGAGAAAUUUAAUAGUAACCAUGAAAUCAUAAAGUCCACUGCGUAAACAGCAAAUGCCACAAGGCAAUAUGUACUUUAACUUCAUUAGAGAUACCAGUGAAGUCUUUAGUCUAAACAUUAAAAAGCGCAAAAUUAUCUCAAAAUGCUGCCCAGAGGGCAAAAUAUUGGGAAAUGCUUGCAAAUAAGAUUCUGUCGGCAGCACACGGGUAAACAUUCAAUGAUCUGAAUAUUUAUCUGCAUAAUACAUACCUCCAAGAGGUAUUUUAUAUUGCUCAUUAUUAGAGAUUUUGUUGGAAGAAUUUCAAAAGCUACAUAAAUUACUUGGCACAACACAUAUGUACGUGGCAAUACAACAAUGACCCAGUGCCAUGACAAAAAUGUACAUUUAUAAUAUCGUAAGGGAGAGAAAUGACAUAAAAUGACAUUUUCGUCGAGCACAAUAUGGGUUGACAAUGUUGUAUUUGGUAAGAACCACCUUCCACGACAUUAAAGCUGCAGUCCGUAACUUUUUUUGGUUAAAAAUGAUCCGAAAUC